CUUCGUGUCGUCUUAUCGUGUUUUCAUUUUUAUCUUUACUCUGAAGGAAAUGUCAGUCUGUCAGUGUGAUCUAUUUUGCGAGUGACUAAUUUCAUUUCGUCUCAACAAUUAUUCAAACGCUAUACAAUAUUAAUUUACUUCAAAUAUUAAAGAUUCUCUCAUUCGUCAUCUAAGCUUUGAUGUUUUUCACUCGUCAACAGAACUGUUGCAAAUUGUAGACACUCCUGUCUCGACCAUGGAUUUGGAUGAUGAUUCAGUUCCUAGAGGAGCUCCAAAGCCGAGAUCAUUUACGGAGAUUCCUAACAAACCUGAGGUUCCUGAGAUCUCACUGAUUUUCGAUUCCAGAUCACCUUUUGACAAGGAUUCUGUACCCAAUACCAUCAAACCAACAGAGCAACCUACAGAAAAGACGUCUGACCUUGCACCAGUCUCUGAAUCAUACAAUGUUUGGCGCUUCAAAAAUGCUCACCUCCUUAACCAUGUAUCCAGUCGCCCAAAUUCUUUCCAGCCUGCUCCACUCUAUGACGGAAGAUCAGAGGGAAGACCUGCAUUUAGCUCUAAUUCUACAGUGAAUCCACCAAGUAAUUUCGUUGGUCUCUCGAGUGGUCAUCAAAUGAACUAUGGGAAUAGUGCAUCAGAAAAAAUACCAGUGCGUAGCUCCAGCCCCUCUGAAAAUUCUCCAUAUAUGCCAAACAACUUUCAGUACAAUUCUCAAAUGAAUUAUGUUAAGGAGACGUCAGAGAAUAGACCCAUAUGUAAAUUCAGCUCUUCUGGAAAUUCAUCAGAAAAUUCUAAUGGCUUCCAUAACGGCUAUCACAUGAGCCAUGCUCAUAAUGAGGCACAAAUUGACAGGCUCAAACAUAGCUCCAGCCCCUCUGUGAGUCCAUCAAGGAAUCUGAACAAUCUCCAAAAUGGUUAUCAAAUUAAUUGUGUGAAUGGAAUACCAGAAAGUAAACUGGCUUUUGGAUCCGUUCCCUCCGAAAAUUCAUCAAGACUUCCCAACAGCCUUCAAAAUGGUUGUCAAAUGAACUUGGCUCGUAUGGAGACACAAGUUGAUAGGCUCAAGCACAACUCUUGCUCUUCCUCAAGUCCAUCAAGCCAUCCAAACACUCUUCAAAAUGGCUAUCAAAUGAAUUAUGUCCAAUUCUCCAGUGUCUCUGCUCCAAUGCCAAACCAGAACUCAGCAGUUGCCUUGGCUAACGGUGUUGGAAAUCAUCAGAAUGUUUCUAUGCCUCCUCACAACAAUAAAAAUCUAAACCAGUAUGGUGUUUAUAACCCCUAUGAACCCAAGGACCUUGUUGUUAGAAACUCGGACCGCAAAGUAUCUUUCGAAGAUCUCCCAAAAGAUACAUUCCACUCGGUAUCACCUUGCAAAUGCAAUACUUGCGUUCAAAAAAUGCACACCAAAAUGUGUCGCUUACCACAACAAAUGCGACAGUUCAAUCCUCCUCCUGUCUCACCCGCCGAAUCAUGCGAACAACCGAAGACAAAAAGAAUUUCUACAUCAGAUUUGUAUCAGAUAGUUUUAAAUCAGACGGAACAGCUGAUGUUACUUCGGGAAAAAGUUGAUGAGCUCUUGAAGGAGAAGACACCCUCAAAGGCACAUGCGUUAAGUAUUCAGCAGAGCCCUCAAAAACGGACAGUAGGAAUCCAAGUAAAUGCUGAUGACGAUCUACGGCAUAGGUCUGUUGGGGUAAUGACAAGUUUCUGUGAAAGAAACUCGCCGAGUCCUCAGCCAAGAAAGACACCACCAAAAAUUAAAGAUGCAGAGAAGGAUUGUUGUUGUAGCUGUAAUCAUAAGUCAUCUCCCAGGUCCUCACCAAAGGAUAGAGUAAGUGACGAAGAUGAUAUAGGUAGUAAUCGGAGCAAAAAAAGCACACCUAACUCGUCACCGUUCAGUCAAGACAAAAACGAUGUUUCAUUAACAUUAAAUGCUGCCAAUUUACCACCUGUUCUAGAACAGAUUCCAUCUCCUGAGCCAUCGGUUCAUGUAGAAAUGCAAGAUUACCAUUCUUCCUCGGAUGAUGAAAGUGUAGAGUCUGUGAAGCAAAACCCAGAUAAUUUAAAUCACAAUGGAAAACAAAAUGGCUGGACAUUCUACGACAAUGUCAUCGGGCAAGUAAACAAUAUUCUACAGAAUUCUCAAGAGGCAGCGUUACAGUCUCAACCUGUCCCCAAGAACCCCAUUAACUCCAUCCGACAAGCAACCCUUGAACAGCUUCAUAAAAUGGGUAUUGGCGGUGUGGAUGAAAAGAAUACUUGUGAAAAAAGAAUGGGACAGGAGCUUUUUCCAGCUCACUUUAAUCAAAUUCCAAAUCAGCACAAUUUAGGAGAAUCAGAUCUAAGUCUACACAUGAACCAGCUUGCAAUGAAGUAUCUGAAUAAGGAUCAGUUUACGAAUGCUGUUGGUAUUCAACAAGAUAUUGCCGUUUGCAAUAUGAAUGGAGGAACCAAUUUGUCUUUCACCACCCUCAGGUAUCUGGAACGGUAUCACCUAAUGCCAGCUGAAUUGAAACAAGACUUUCCUCCAACGAUGGAAUGCUGUCCUCAGGAAAAUUUCAACCAUCCUCAGCCCCGUUUUGAAAACCACCACCUGCAUCAAGUUCCGCAGCAUUUAACAAAUAAAGUUUUAGACAUCACCGCAUUGAAACAGCAACCAAAACUGUUGUAGUGCUCCUGCCAAUCAUUUUUGACACUUUCCAAAACAGAAAGAAUUUGUAGUUUCAACUUAAGCUCAAUCUGUUUCGAAAUUAGACUGUGGAAUGCCUUGAUUUCACCAGGUAAUGAAUGAAACGUAGGUCAUCUAUCAUAUUCCUCUUUAAAGUUGACGCCUCUAACCUAACGUACUAACCUGAUGUCCAUGAUAUUUCCUUUAUUCAGGAAGAUUGUAAUUGAUCUCUUCUAUAUUGAGGAGAAAUGAAGGCUUGAACACUCGGUAAGCUUUCGUCGAUACUGAAUACAAAUUUUUUAUUGUUUUGAAUCAUUUCGAUACAGUUACCUCUCAAUUAUUCAAAGUCUAAGGGAAAAUUUAAAUUAGAGCAAUUUUUGAAGUUUUCAAGUUUUCUAAUUAGUAAGGAAAGGUGAAAUAAACCUUUCCAGUAUGCAGACAAUUUAAAGAAACAGCUUUUACAAAGGGAGCAAAAGAGGGUUAAAAAACACAAGGAUAUUCAGGGAAUUUGUGCAUACCUCAGUGUUUAGUAAAUUUUGAAAGUUAGUGAUUCUGGUUUGAGUGAGGAAGUUCUAAUGAGCUGAAUAGACUUUUUCUGCAAUUGUGAACAAAGCUGAAAAUACAUUGUUACUUUUACAGAUUUAGACGAUUCAGCAUUUUUGGAAUUGACUACGAAUUUUGUAGAGAGUGUCUCUUUAGCUUCUUCAUUGUCAGAUCAUCAUUAUUUUUCUCUGGCAAUUCAGCAACGUUCGCAAUGAUUUUUGAAUCUAUGAAAGCACCUCAAAGAAAAUUUGAAUUACUCGGGUUUUUUGAAGGGAUCAGAAUUUUCAUUUGUGCCAAGGAGAUUUUCGAAUUAUCGAGAGAGGCUGUAUUUGUAAUUAAUUUGAAACAAAAAAUAGAGUAAGACUGUGUUUUCAAAAAAUUUCUGUGUCGCAUUUUAAAUCAGAAUUUUACCCUUAUUUUUCUUAAAAAUUAUUUUAAAGAAAAAUUGUUGUAUACCUACUUACUUUUAGAUGUAUUUUAUCAAAGUUCUAUUUUUUUACACAGUUGUUCAUUGCCAAAAUUUGUUAGUAACAAUUCUUGUUGAACUAAAAGCAUUGCGGAAAACUGACUCACACUUUUAUAAGUGUUACAAUGUCCUCUCAUUUAAAACAAAUUUACAGUUAAAGUUUUAGUAACUCUCAGAAUGUUCAACAAUUGGUUGAUUUGACCCAUUCAACAUUGUUCUCUAAAAAAUGUAUUCCUCCAGAAAUAAUUUGUUUGACUUUCAGUGGAUGAAUCAUCGUGAAAAUAUCCUUUUUACUAUAAUUUGAAUAAAAUUUCCCAGUUAUG